CCAAUCAAAUCAUUCAUUAAAUCAUUCAAAACACUUGCAAUGUAUACACUUAUCAGGUUAGAGUUUGCUUGCCGAAUUUGGAAAAAGAUCCUUCUGAAUUUACUACGCGAUACACCGUAUAUCGUAUUUGUAUACCAUAUACCUACGGGUGGUAGAUUAGCUGUACCC